GUCCCAUCCGAGCUGCGCUUCCAUCAUUGACGGAGCGAUGCUGCGGCUGCAUUGGCUCGCACUGCUGGUGCUGCUGCUCCCCAUGGCUGCAGCACAGCUGCGCCCCGAGCCGGAGCUGGACGCCCAAUGGGACCUCUGGAAGAGGACGUACAGAAAGCAGUACAACGGCAAGGAGGACGAAACGUCCCGGAGGUUGAUUUGGGAGAAGAACCUGAAGUACAUCGAUGCCCACAACGCGGAGCACGCGCUGGGAAAGCACUCCUUCCAGUUGGCCAUGAACCACCUGGGGGAUAUGACCAGCGAGGAGGUGGUGAGGACGAUGACGGGGCUGAGGGUCCCCCGCAGCCGCCCCCGCCCCAAUGGCACUCUGUACGUCCCCGACUGGAGCAGCAGAGCCCCCGCGGCCGUGGAUUGGAGGCGGAAGGGCUACGUGACCCCCGUCAAGAACCAGGGGCAGUGCGGCUCCUGUUGGGCGUUCAGCUCAGUGGGGGCUCUGGAGGGGCAGCUGAAGCGCCGGACGGGGAAACUGCUGUCCCUCAGCCCCCAGAAUUUGGUGGACUGCGUCUCCAACAACAACGGCUGCGGGGGGGGUUAUAUGACCAACGCCUUCGAAUACGUCCGCCUGAACCGCGGCAUCGACUCGGAGGACGCGUACCCCUACAUCGGGCAGGAUGAGAGCUGUAUGUACAGCCCCACCGGGAAGGCGGCCAAAUGCCGCGGCUACCGGGAGAUCCCCGAAGGCAACGAGAAGGCUCUGAAGCGCGCGGUGGCCCGGAUUGGGCCCGUCUCGGUGGGCAUCGAUGCCAGUCUGCCCUCCUUCCAGUUCUACAGCCGCGGGGUGUACUACGACACGAGCUGCAACCCGGAGAACAUCAACCACGCGGUGCUGGCGGUGGGGUACGGCGCACAGAAGGGCACCAAGCACUGGAUCAUCAAGAACAGCUGGGGCACGGAGUGGGGCAAUAAGGGCUACGUGCUGCUGGCCCGCAAUAUGAACAACGCCUGCGGCAUCGCCAACCUCGCCAGCUUCCCCAAGAUGUGAGCUCUGGAGGUGCCAACGUCCGUCUGCAGGAGUGGGGUUGGGGGGCUGGAACCCCCCCCCCCCCAAAUAUCACAUCUCUGAGUCCUUUGGGGGGAUGCGGAGAACGAUGGGAUUUUGUUCUUCAAAUAAAAGCGGUGGGGGAGAAA